GGGUCUGGGUAUGGAAUAUAAUAUUUGCAGCUGGGCCACUCUAAGCAAUCCAGAGCUACUGAGGUGUCUUCCCUACCCAGCUCGGAGGCGCCCCUGCCAGGAGGAUCUGCGGAAGGGAGAGGGAGCCCGGGCUCCCACCCCAGGCCGCGGAAGGCGGGUCCAGGCCAGGCCCUGCCCCCCUACCCCAGGCCUCCGCCCCUACCCUUCCAGCGCAGCGGGCUGGCGCCCAGGUAGCUCAGGAGCCCAAACCUGUCCGGCCGGUUUUGAGAGCCGCGGGGACACAGGCUGGUGAAGGAUGCACGGCCUGCCCCGCGCUCUGUCCGCACGCCCGGCCGCCUGAGCCCUGUCCUGCCUGCCCCGCAGCCCCCCGGACGACCCCAUGACGCGCGCGCCCGGUCUCCUGGCGACCCUGCUGGGGCUGGGGCUGGGGCUGGGGUUGGGGCUGAGCCCGCCGGGGGCGGGGGCCGCGGACUGCGGGUCCCUCAGCAGCGCACAGCGCCUGGCGUUCGCCCCGGCGGCCAGGGUCCACUGGCUGGCCCCUCGCGUCCGCCCGCCGGGGGCCCUGAACCCCCUGUACGGCACGGUGCGCCGCUUCCUGUCCGUGGUGCAGCUCAACCCUUUCCCCGCCGAGUUGGUAAAGACCUUGCUGAAUGAGCCAGCCUCCGUGAAGGUGGAUGAGGUGGUGCGGUAUGAGGCGGGCUAUGUGGUGUGUGCGGUGAUCGCCGGCCUCUACCUGCUGGCGGUGCCCAUUGCUGGCCUGUGUUUCUGCUGCUGCCGCCGGCGCUGUGGGGGCCGAGUGAAGACGGAGCACAAGGCCACAGCCUGCGAGCGAGGCACCCUCAUGGCCUUUCUGCUGCUGACCACCCUCGUGCUACUGACUGGUGUGGUCUGUGCCUUUGUCACCAACCAGCACAUGCAUGAGCAGAUGGGCCCGAGUGUGGAGGCUGUGCCUGAGAUUCUGCUCAGCCUCCGGGGCCUGGUCUCCGAUGUCCCUCGGGAGCUGCAGGCCGUGGCACAGCAGUUCUCCCUUCCCCAGAAGCAAGUCUUGGAGGAACUGGAUGGGGUCGCCAUGAACAUUGGGAGCACUAUCCACACCCAGCUCAAGAGCACUGUGUAUGAAAUGCUGGCCUCAGUGAGCAGCCUGGGCCAGGCCCUGCAGGUCUCUGUGGAUCACCUCCAAGCCCUGAACAGCACGUUGGUGGAGCUGCGGAAGGGACAGCAGGGCCUGGAGCCCUCCGUCCAGGAACGCCGCAAGCGCCUCCUCGCCCUGCUGGAGGAGCCCAGCUGCCAGGGCUGCACCGAGGCCCAGAACCGAGCCCGUGCCCUGGAGCUGGGAGCUGACUUCCACCAGGUGUCCCCUGUGGACGAUGUCCUGCAUCGGCUGAAGGGCGUCCCAGAGGCCAACUUCUCCAGCAUGGUCCAGGAGGAGAACAGCACAUUCAAUGCCCUCCCGCUCCUGGCGGCCUUGCAGAUGGCCGAUGUGGUCAAAGAGCUGAAGAAGGUGGUGGCCCAGAAGCCUGAAGGGCUGAAGACACUGGCCGAAGAGUUCCCAGGGUGGGAGGCAGCCGCUCACUGGAGCCAGGCAUUGGAGGAGGUGGAACAGAGAAGCCGCCCCUACCUGCAGGAAGUGCAGAGAUACGAGAAACACAGGUGGAUUUGGGGCUAUGUGUUGUGCUCCGGAGUCCUGUUUGUGGUGGUCUGUAACCUGUUGGGCCUCAACCUGGGCAUCUGGGGGCUGUCUGCCAGGGAGGACCCCAGCCACUCGGAAGCCAAGGGCGAGGCUGGAGCCCGCCUCCUCCUGAUAGGUGUGGGUUUCAGCUUCCUCAUCGCUGCUCCCCUCAUCCUCCUUGUCUUUGCCACCUUCCUGGUGGGUGGCAACUUGCAGACGCUGGUGUGUCAGAGCUGGGAGAGCAAGGAGCUCUACAAGUUUGCAGACACCCCAGGGAACUUGCCCCCGUCCAUGAACUUGUCUCAGCUUCUUGGCCUGAAGAAGAACAUCAGUAUCCUCAUGGCCUAUCAUCAGUGCAAGGAAGGGGCCGCGCUCUGGAGCGUCCUGCAGCUCAAUGACUCCUAUGACCUGGAGAAACACCUGAAUAUCAGCCAGUACACUGCCAAGCUGCAGCAGGAGUUGCAGAACCUCAAAGUAGACAUGAAGAAUCUGGACCUGCUGAGCCCAGCCGCCCGCCGGGACCUGGAAGCCCUGCAGAGCAGUGGGCUCGAGAAAAUCCACUAUUCCAGCUUCCUUGUUCAGAUCCAGAAGCCCGUGGUGAACACCAACAUGGAGAUGCUGGCCCAGGAGCUGGAGGAACUGGCCCGGACCCAAGACAGUUCCGUGCUGGGACAGCAGCUGCAGCAGGAGGCCCAAGAGCUCAAAAACCUCUAUCGGGAGAAGGUCCUCCCCCAGGAGAGCCUCGUGGCCAAGCUCAACCUCACGGUCAGGGUCCUGGCAUCUGAAGCCCCGAAUCUCCAGAUGGAGACCUCUGGGGUCUUGGACAAGGUCACUUACCUAAAAGGAGAGCUGCCUACCUGGGCCACCAGUAUCUUGAGGAAUAAAAGUGAGUGUUUCCUGACCCGGGAAGUGGAUUAUUUCUCCCAGUACAUGGCCUGGGUAAGAGAGGAGGUGACUCAGCGAAUUGCCACAUGCCAGCCUCUCUCUGGAGCCCUGGACAAUAGCCGUGUGAUCCUGUGUGACAUGAUGGCCGACCCCUGGAAUGCCUUCUGGUUCUGCCUGGCAUGGUGCACCUUCUUCCUGAUCCCCAGCAUCAUCUUUGCUGUCAAGACCUCCAAACACUUCCAUCCCAUUUGGAAACGCCUCAGCUCCACCAGCUCGGAGGAGACUCAGCUCUUCCACAUCCCCCGGGUCACCUCCCUGAAGCUGUAGGACCCCAGUGGAACAGGGGUAUUUGCUUGCUGCUAGGUGAUGCCUGGGGCUGCCUGCCUUCCUCCUCCUUUGACUUGCCCUGGACCCGAGGACUUCCGUUGCUCUUGCCUAGAGCCCAGACGGGCAUCAGGCCUGGAUUAGCCUGCAGCUCCAGUUCCCUGACCCCAUGUUGUCUCUUUUCCACCCACUUCUGCUUUUUUCAUUCUCAAAAGCACGUUUGACUUUGGUUGAGCUACAAGGGCCGAUGGGUUCUUGCAGGUAUCGAUCCCUUAUCCUCCUUGCUGAAACUCAUUAGCUCCAGGAGGAGCCUGUUUUCCACCUGUUGGAACCCCUUCCUCAGCCCCGUGGAUGAGACAGAGGCCCUGCCCAACCCCAUUCUGUCACUAUCUGCCCAUCACCCCCCACUCCUCCAAGCUCCUGUCCUGUUUCAUCCUCUGACCUGCCCACCUGUCCUAGCUUCACUCAGCCACAGCCCUUAUGUCCUCCCCACAGGGAAACUAUUUUCCCUGCUUUGACCCCUUUCUACCUUAUCCGACUACCUGGCUGGUACCCAGGGACUUGUCCUGCCCAACUAAGCCAAUCAGAUAAAACCACCAAGCAGGCCAGGGGCCACUAGGGCUCUGCCUCAUGGCCCUCGAGCCCUCCACUGCCCAGGUACCUGGACCCUCCACAGGCCCUGGCCUGGAUUUCUGGCCACCUUGUGGGGUGAGGGAGGCCUGUCUGAAGGCUGAGCCCCUUGCCCGCAUCCUGGGUUGGAAAUAGUGCUUUGUCCUACAGCUCUUCUCUGAGCACUGGCUCCCUAGGAAGGGACCUGGGACAAAGGCCAGAGUGGGGGUGGUCACCCCUGGUUCCUCGGAAGGUAGCCUCUUUGACAACCCCCACCCAGCUUUCCCGGGAGAGAUCUGGUGGCCACAACUGGAUUCUGUACUGUGCCCCUUCCUCCUUCUAUCCUGUACAUGAGGCCUAGUCCAUCCUGUGCCCUCUCUGAAUGCUGGAUGCUGAGUUCCAGAAACAGGGAAAAGGAGGAGGAGAGAGAAGAGAUGGACAAAACCUUAGAUCCAUUAAAGUGUUCUCACUUCCUAAGCCUCGGCCUUGGAUCUCUGACAUGAGCUUAGGCUAGGGCCCUAUAUGCAGUUGGUGUUUAAUGAGUUUUUUUUGGUGAGGAGAAUCCAAGGCUUCCUCUGGCCGUGGACAUCCAGGAUUAACCCAGCAAUCAGCAGAUGGGGAGUGGGACCCACUCUGAGAGCAGGCAGGCCUGGCUGCACAUUCUGGCUUUAGUGCUUGAAAGCUAGGACACCUUGGACAUGUUCUGUGUGUUUCCUAGACCUUAGUCUCUCCAUUGGAGAGAAUAGUUAUGACUGCCUCCUAGGGCUAUGAAAAAUGUGACAUUGCAUGGAAAGCCCUUGGCAGGAGCCUGGCACAAAACAAAUCCUCAGAUGCUGCUAUUUUUUUUUUCCUGCCACAACUACUCUGGGCCACAGGCUGGGCUGGGUCUUGGCAGGUACAGAGAGGAGGGAGAUGGGUCCCUGUUCAAAGGUGUGAAGCCCUUUAAGAUUAGAGUCUGCUGAGUUUCAGGGGGUGUCUAUGUUGAAUUGCAUUUUACAAGCCAGCAACAGAUUUGCUACUAGAAAUUAGGAUGGUGUGUAUGCAACCUACUGUCACUGUUCCAAGUACGCUCCAACCAGGCAUCCUUGAAUGAAGCACAACUGUUUUUUGUUUUUUGUUUUUUGUUUUUGCUUUUCCCAAAGCUUUUUUGUCUUGUUUCUCAUCUGUUGCCCUAUGCAGGGGAACUGUGGUGCCUGCAUGUUAAGAAUGAAAUUGAUGGGAUAAAAGUUGAGAAAACAAUUAUGAAAUAAUUUCCAGUUCUCCACCUUAUCCUUUCUCUAUGUGAACAUACCACACAUGGUUACUUUAAAAUUUAAUGACCUCCUA